AUGAUUUAUUCUUAUCAAACCUGGCAUGCAGGUGGUGCACAGCAACUAUCAUUGAAGACACCUACCUGUAUUCUGCUAGAUAAAAACAGAAACAUCAAAUCCUUUGUAUAUGCAGCAGAAGAUGAAUAUUCAAAGUUAGAAGAAGAAGGCAAUGUCAAACAAGAAGACUUUUACUUCUUUAAUCGUUUUAAAAUGAUACUGUAUGACAAUAAGAAUUUCAAUCAACCAAUACUUCAGGAUGUAACAGGGAAAUAUCUUGCCGCUUCAAAAGUAUUUUCAAAAUUUAUAAAAGCACUAAAAGACCAUUUAUUGACUCGUUUUAAUGAAAGAGGCCAAGACAUAGAGCCACAUGAAAUACGAUGGGUAUUAACUGUUCCAACGAUAUGGGCCGAUGCAUCUAAACAGUUCAUGCGGGAAUGUGCACAUCAGACUGGUAUAGAUGACGAAAAGGUUGUUAUUGCCUUGGAACCGGAAGUAGCCUCUAUUUUCUGUCUUUUUAAAGAAAAUUCACGUGCAUCAAAAGAAAGAGGUUUAAUUAAUCGAACAGGAAAGAAGGGGUACGGAAAAGCUGUUGAUCGUGAAUUUCCCUCAUUGAAAGAACUUCACCAUGCUAUCAGCGAUGACUGUGGUGGCACACAAGUAGAUACAGCCUUUAUUGAAGUCAUGAGAGAAAUUCUUGGACAGAAGUUGGUAAAACUGAUGAAAAAGAAACAGCCAUCCGCCUACCUGGACCUUCUGAGAGAAUUUGAAAUAUUUAAAAGAAGAGAUACAACCGACAAGAAUUACAUACGAAUUCCCUUAGCGACAAUAAAUGAGCUAAUAGAGGAACUAGAGGAGGACGAUAUAGAUAUCAGGAAAAGCGAAUCAGUUUUAGUAGGAACAACCAUAAAAAAAAAAUUGAUGGAUGAACCUCAGCAACGCUUUAUGGAUCUUGCUUUGUACAAAUCGGACUCCGAAAUUACUAAAUAUACAGACAAAGAAGGUUGCUAUCGAGUUUGUGACGCGACAAUUGACAUAACUAACCCAUCUGCCGAAAAACGGACUGUUGAAGUUGAAUAUUACUUUGGUGAUACGGAGAUAAGAAUGACAGCAGUAGAAACAGACAGUGGAGAAUCUUGUAAAACUGUUGUGAAAUUCAUUUAG